UGCAGAACUGCUUAGGAGUAGGAACUAGCCAUGCGUAAAGACGAAUUUCAUCUGAAAUUUUUCAUGUGUGUGAUUCAGUCUCGCCAGUUAGUCAGAAGGCCUCAGAGAACAGCUGGGGAGGCUUCAACUUCCAACGUGCCCAUACCAAAGACAAAGACAGAGUCCUUGGAGAAUCUAGAAUGCACGGAUGACCCAGCCAUCCUCGAGGGAAACAUACCUGUUCUCAAAACUGAGUGGAUCAUGACCCAUGAAGAGCAUCACGCAGCCAAAACCCUGGGGAUCGGCAAAGCCAUCGCCGUGUUAACCUCUGGUGGAGAUGCCCAAGGUAUGAAUGCUGCUGUCAGGGCUGUGGUUCGAGUUGGAAUCUUUACAGGUGCCCGUGUCUUCUUUGUGCAUGAGGGUUAUCAGGGCCUGGUGGAUGGCGGUGAGAACAUCAGAGAGGCCACCUGGGAGAGUGUUUCCAUGAUGCUUCAGCUGGGAGGCACAGUGAUUGGAAGUGCCCGAUGCAAGGACUUUCGGGAACGAGAAGGAAGACUCCGAGCUGCCCACAACCUGGUGAAGCGUGGAAUUACCAAUCUAUGUGUCAUUGGGGGUGAUGGCAGCCUCACAGGGGCUGAUACUUUCCGUUCUGAGUGGAGUGACUUGUUAAAUGACCUCCAGAAAGCUGGUAAAAUCACAGCUGAGGAGGCUACAAAGUCCAGCUUCCUGAACAUUGUGGGUAUGGUUGGCUCCAUUGACAAUGACUUCUGUGGCACUGAUAUGACCAUCGGCACUGACUCUGCCUUGCACCGGAUUGUAGAGAUUGUAGAUGCCAUAACCACCACUGCUCAAAGCCACCAGAGGACGUUUGUGUUAGAAGUGAUGGGCCGUCACUGUGGGUACCUGGCUCUUGUCACCUCUCUCUCCUGUGGGGCCGACUGGGUUUUUAUUCCUGAAUGCCCACCAGAUGAUGAUUGGGAGGAACACCUUUGUCGCCGGCUUACAGAGACAAGGACUCGUGGUUCUCGUCUCAACAUAAUCAUUGUGGCCGAGGGGGCCAUCGACAAGCAUGGAAAACCAAUCACCUCAGAAGACAUCAAGAAUCUGGUGGUAAAGCGCCUGGGAUUUGAUACUCGGGUCACUGUUUUGGGGCAUGUGCAGCGGGGUGGAACACCAUCAGCCUUUGACCGAAUCCUGGGUAGCAGGAUGGGCGUUGAAGCAGUGAUGGCACUUUUGGAGGGGACCCCAGACUCCCCAGCCUGUGUGGUGAGCCUAUCUGGUAACCAGGCUGUGCGCCUGCCCCUCAUGGAGUGUGUCCAGGUGACCAAAGACGUGACUAAAGCUAUGGCUGAGAAGAGGUUUGAUGAAGCCAUGAAGCUGAGAGGCCGGAGCUUCAUGAACAACUGGGAGGUAUACAAGAUUCUAGCUCAUGUCAGACCUCCAGUCUCUAAGGGUAAUUUGCAUACUGUGGCUGUGAUGAAUGUGGGCGCCCCAGCUGCAGGCAUGAAUGCUGCAGUCCGCUCCACUGUGAGGAUUGGCCUCAUCCAGGGCAACAGAAUGCUGGUUGUUCAUGACGGCUUUGAGGGUCUGGCUAAGGGUCAGAUUGAGGAAGUUGGCUGGAGUUAUGUUGGGGGCUGGACUGGCCAGGGUGGUUCCAAACUUGGGACUAAAAGGACUCUACCCAAGAAGAAUUUUGAGCAGAUCAGUGCCAACAUCACUAAGUUUAACAUUCAGGGCCUUGUCAUCAUUGGGGGCUUUGAGGCUUACACAGGGGGACUGGAGCUGAUGGAGGGCAGGAAGCAGUUUGAUGAGCUCUGCAUCCCAUUUGUGGUCAUUCCUGCCACUGUUUCCAACAAUGUCCCUGGGUCAGAUUUCAGCAUUGGGGCGGACACUGCACUCAAUACCAUAUGCACGACUUGCGACCGGAUCAAGCAGUCAGCAGCAGGCACCAAGCGCCGGGUGUUCAUCAUUGAGACUAUGGGUGGCUACUGUGGCUAUCUGGCCACCAUGGCAGGACUGGCAGCUGGAGCUGAUGCUGCCUACAUUUUUGAAGAGCCUUUUACCAUUCGAGACCUACAGGUGAAUGUUGAACAUCUGGUGCAAAAGAUGAAAACAACUGUGAAAAGGGGCUUGGUGUUAAGGAAUGAGAAGUGCAAUGAGAACUAUACCACUGACUUCAUUUUCAACCUGUACUCUGAGGAGGGGAAGGGCAUCUUUGACAGCAGGAAGAAUGUGCUUGGCCACAUGCAGCAGGGUGGGAGCCCAACUCCCUUUGACAGGAAUUUUGCCACUAAGAUGGGUGCUAAAGCUAUGAACUGGAUGUCUGGAAAAAUCAAAGAGAGUUACCGUAAUGGGAGAAUCUUUGCCAAUACUCCAGAUUCAGGCUGUGUUCUGGGGAUGCGUAAGAGAGCCCUGCUCUUUCAACCAGUGACUGAGCUGAAGGACCAGACAGAUUUUGAGCAUCGAAUCCCUAAGGAACAGUGGUGGCUGAAGCUGAGGCCCAUCCUCAAAAUCUUAGCCAAGUACGAGAUUGACCUGGACACCUCAGACCACGCCCAUCUGGAGCACAUCUCUCGGAAAAGAUCUGGGGAAGCUGCUGUCUAGAUCUCUUUGGAGUGAGGAACAGAUUCUCUGACCAUGGUCAGCUCACACCUUGGUAGAUCUAAGUCCAUGAUAUCUCAGUGUUUUAGCCCCUCCCCCACUAGGUUUCCUUUUACUUUGUACCUGUAACCACAAUCAGCUCUGGCCUGGGGCUGGGGGAGGGGUAGUGAGUGUAAUUGGCUCCCAGGUAGAGUUUAUCAUUACUUUUCCUCCAGCUCAUCUGCCACAGGCUGGAUUCCUCUAGUGCUACUGCAGUUACUCUGUUAGAAUUUUCCUAAAAAUAAGGUUUAUUUAUUUCUUUGUGAUAACAAAGAGCCUUAGUUCUCUACUUUAAGUGCAGUGACAAAUGAUAACUACACUAAUAAAUGCCAAGUGGUCA